GCACUAAGGCUAGCGGCGCGGCGCAGCGUGGAGGUCGUUGGAGUCACCGCCCCGCCGCCAGCUCCGCACCUGCCUGCCGCUCGCCUCUGUCAUGCUGUCCGCCCUCGCCCGGCCGACCGGCGCCGCUCUCCGCCGCGGCUUCAGCACCUCUGCCCAGAACAAUGCUAAAGUAGCUGUUCUUGGGGCUUCUGGAGGAAUCGGGCAGCCCCUUUCCCUUCUCCUGAAGAACAGUCCCUUAGUGAGCCGCUUGACCCUCUACGACAUCGCCCACACGCCGGGGGUAGCCGCAGACCUGAGCCACAUCGAGACCAGAGCAAAUGUGAAAGGUUUCCUCGGACCUGAGCAGCUGCCAGAGUGUCUGAAAGGAUGUGACGUGGUGGUGAUCCCAGCCGGAGUCCCCAGAAAACCUGGCAUGACUCGGGAUGACCUGUUCAACACCAACGCCACCAUCGUGGCCACCCUGGCUGCUGCCUGUGCCCAGAAUUGCCCUGAAGCCAUGAUCUGCAUCAUUGCCAACCCAGUCAACUCCACCAUCCCAAUCACGGCUGAGGUAUUCAAGAAGCAUGGUGUGUACAACCCGAACAAGAUCUUUGGCGUAACCACCCUGGACAUCGUCCGUGCCAACACGUUUGUGGCAGAGCUGAAGGGUUUGGAUCCAGCUCGAGUCAACGUUCCUGUCAUCGGUGGCCAUGCUGGGAAGACCAUCAUCCCCCUCAUCUCCCAGUGCACUCCCAAGGUGGACUUCCCCCAAGACCAGCUGGCGGCACUCACCGGGCGGAUCCAGGAAGCUGGCACAGAGGUGGUGAAGGCCAAGGCUGGAGCAGGCUCUGCCACCCUGUCCAUGGCCUACGCUGGCGCCCGCUUCGUCUUCUCCCUGGUGGAUGCGAUGAAUGGGAAGGAAGGAGUUGUGGAGUGCUCCUUUGUGAAGUCGCAGGAGACAGACUGCACCUACUUCUCCACGCCCCUGCUGCUGGGGAAAAAGGGCCUGGAGAAGAACCUGGGCAUCGGCAAGGUGUCUCCAUUUGAGGAGAAGAUGAUCUCUGAAGCCAUUCCCGAGCUGAAAGCCUCCAUCAAGAAGGGAGAGGACUUUGUGAAGAACAUGAAGUGAAUGUGGCACCAGAGGCCGGGCAUGGCACCUCUGUCUUCUUGCUCGAUGAUGGCUGUUAGCAUCACCCUCCUUUUCAGAUUGUGACUGGUCUGUUUGUUCAACAAUAAAACAGACUUCGAUUUUCUUUUUCAGGUGAA